AUGUCUUCAGCAAUCGUCCUCGGUGCGACCGGAAUCAACGGACGCGAGAUAGUCAAAGAGCUAUCGUCCAACCCCUCGCAAUGGAAAACCAUCCACGCCCUCUCCCGCUCCAAAAAGGAGGACUUCGGCUCCAAUGUCCAACACCACCACAUAGACCUGCUCAACUCGGCCCAAGACAUGGCCAAGGACCUCUCCGCCAUCCGCGAUCUGUCCGCCAUCGAGUACGUCUUCUUCUCCGCCUACCUACAAAAGGACACGGAGCAGGAGAACACGGAUGUCAACGGCACCAUGCUCCAGAGCUUCCUGGAAGCUCUCGAGAUCACGGGCGCCGUGUCCAACCUCAAGCGCAUCGUUUUGGUCACGGGAUGCAAGCAAUACGGCGUGCACCUGGGCCAGCCCAAGAACCCGAUGCUCGAGUCCGACCCUUGGCUGCGCGACGAAAGCAAGUGGCCAUCUAACUUUUACUAUCGGCAGCAGGACAUCCUCAAGUCCUUCUGCGGCGGUGCGGAUGUUAAGCACCCAAACAUCAGCUGGACAGUAACCUACCCCAACGACGUCAUUGGUUUCGCCAACGGGAACUUCAUGAACCUCGCUUCCGGGCUGGGCAUCUACGCGGCUGUGAACAAGGAGCUUGGUCGGGACUUGGAGUUCCCUGGAUCAGAGACGUUCUACACCAAGUUCGAUUCGUUCACGUCCAGCAAGCUGCACGCGCAAUUUUGCGUGUGGGCGGCGUUGGAGCCCAAGGCCGCGAACCAGGCGUUCAAUGUGGUCAAUGGCGACGUGCAGAGCUGGCAGGACUUGUGGCCGAGAGUGGCGCAGCGGUUCGGCAUGAAGGUCAAGGCGGACCAGUUCGCUUCUCCUCCCGCCGGAGGCCUGGCGAAUAAGGUCCAGUUGACCGAGAAGGCACCGCAGCCUGUGACAAUCCUGGCGAAGGAGUGCGGGUUGGAAGGGACGAAGAAGUCGGUUCCGCCGAGUCAGCUGGAGCAGAGGAUCAGUUUGGCCAAGUGGGCGCAACAGGAAGAUGUGAAGGAGACGUGGAAUAAGCUGGCCGAGAGGGAAGCACUGCAGAAGGACUCGCUGGAGAAGGCGACGUGGGCGUUUAUUGACUUUGUGUUGGGGCGGAGCUAUGAUUUGGUGGUUAGUAUGAGCAAGGCGAGGGAGGCUGGGUGGACUGGGUACGUGGAUACGUGGAAAUCGCUGUCGGAUGUUUUUGGUGAGCUUGAGGCGGCAGCUAUUCUCCCCAAGACUCACUAG